AUGUCCGCCCCUCUCUUCUGGUCAACGCCCCUCAAGUACUGCUCCUGGGCCGCCCGCGAGCGUCCCGCCUUCUUCUGGUCCGUCGUCGUCGGCGCCGCUGGGCCUCUGCUCAUGCCCAUCGUGCCCCCAAUCCGCCACAUGCUCGGCGACAUCGAUCCUGCGCCCAUUCCCGUCACCUAUCCCGUCCCCGCUGGUCCUCGAAAGCAGCUGACGGGCUACGACGACGAAUAA